GUUUUCCAGUUCAACCACAAGUAGCGCUGCAACUGUGAAUAUUUUAUUUUGACAGUUGUCAAAAAUAAAUAAGGUUAGGUAUUAGGUAACAAUUAAAUAAUGGCUUCGAUUUUAAGACAAUUUGCCAAAACUAUAAUACCCACGGCCCGCAACGCAGCGAGCCUGACCGCAGUCCGAUGCAAGACCACCGAAGCUGUGGAUGUACCAAAAGAAACCAGACCCACCGUCAGGAAAUUCGAUGCUGUAGCAAGAACCCAACUGAAGGAUUUCGGUAAAUACUGCGCAGAAUGUUUACCCAAAUACAUACAGAAAGUUCAAAUCACUGCGGGCGACGAACUCGAGCUGCUGAUCCACCCCGAAGGUAUUCUACCCGUGCUUCAAUUCCUGAAGGACCACCACAACGCGCAGUUCUCCAAUUUGGUUGACAUCGCUGGUGUUGAUGUGCCUAGUCGUGAAUACAGAUUUGAAGUGGUGUACAACAUCCUGUCCCUAAGAUUCAACUCACGCAUCAGAGUGAAAACUUACACCGACGAAUUGACACCCAUCGAGUCCUGCAAUGAUAUAUACAAGGCCGCCAACUGGUACGAACGUGAAAUUUGGGACAUGUACGGCGUGUUCUUCGCCAACCAUCCCGACCUGAGGAGGAUCCUCACUGACUACGGCUUCGAAGGACAUCCGUUCAGAAAGGACUUCCCCCUCAGUGGAUAUGUUGAAGUGAGGUACGAUGAUGAAAAGAAGAGGGUUGUGGUGGAACCACUGGAGUUGGCACAGGAAUUCAGGAAAUUCGAAUUGUCAGCACCUUGGGAACAGUUCCCCAACUUCAGGAAUGCUCCACCUGCAGCUGAAGAAGUUGACGUUGAAAAGAAAGCUUAAUAGUUAAUUUAAUUCCAUGUAAAAGAUUGUAAUUAUUGUUUAAUAUAAAUAAAAGUUAAAACUGA